CAAAACACGGGGAGAGAGAUAGUCUUCCUCUUCCUCCUCCUCCUCCAGCUAGGGUUUCGAUUCCCAAUCGGUUCCUCCCUCCUCCUCCUCCUCCUCCUCCCCCCCAUUCGGCCCUCCUCCUCGUCCUCGUCCUCGUCCUCGCGACGGCGGAGCGCCGCAUCCGGCGGUCCAGAUCGCCGGCGGCCAACCUCGAUGCGGUGCGCGCGCGUCCGAGAUCGCGAGCCGCGCGCCGAUGAGCGUCUUCGGUAGGCCCGAACCGGACAAGAUAUCGGGCGGUGGCUGUUGAGGUAGACAGUGAAGAAGUAAACGGAUCUUUCUGUUGGUGUAAGAAUAUAUGCUGGAAGUUGACAAGAUGAACCAAGCUAGUCAAGGAAUCAACUCCGAUGCUUCAGCCAGUGCCCCUUUGAAGCGCAAACGUGGUCGUCCACGAAAGUAUCCCAUGCCAGAUGAAAGCCCAAUCUUUGCAGAGCAUGCCCGUGCACUGAGGGAUCAGAACAUAAAUCGUGGACCAAAUAUGCAUGUCCCUCCUGCAUAUAAAUUUGUGAAUGGAAACCAACCCCGGCAAGUAGAUGCAACCAACAGUUCAAACAACAUCUCAAUAGGACAGUUGGUUUCUGGUGUCAUCGAAGCAGCAUUUGAUGGUGGUUAUCUGCUUGCGGUUAGGGUUGGCAACUCUGAUACUACUUUAAGAGGCGUUGUGUUCAAGCCGGGGCGAUAUGUACCUGUUUCUGCAGAAAACGAUGUGGCACCAAAUAUCCAAAUGAUCAAAAGAAAUGAGAUUCCUCUUCAGAGUGAGAAUUAUAUACAGAUGCAGGUCUCUGGCCCUCGCUCAAGAGAGAGGAAUGGAACCACCAGUCUAGUGGCAUCGCCUCCUGGCUCGACUGUCUUGAAAGGUAGACAGGUAGCUCCCGGAACAGCUCAGCCUAUUCGUCCAGUGACAGUGAGAGGCAAUGUGGUGCCUGUGGUACUUCCACCUCUUGGUACUCCUGGAAAUGGUUUGCCUGUUCCCAACCAAGCUUCUGCAGCUUCAAUCCAAGAUCAUAUGGCUUCAAUAGGUAAGCACAUGGCACCUGUUUCUGUCCAAACCUUUUCUCCUUUAAAUGGAUCUGCACCCAACAAGGAAGUGCCAAGAAGUAUGGCACAUGUACAAAGUGAAACUGGUAUUGAUUCUCAAUACCCGGAUGGGGUUUUGCAUGACGUAGAGACCAAGUCAACGGGGACUCCUGGUAUGCCUUUUGAGAAUCUAGUGACAGAGGUCAUCAAGAGAAUUCAUGAACCUUCACAAGUAGAGGCCGAACAAAACGAAAGCAGCAAGUCAGGUGAUAAAUCUGGCAGUACUCCAGAAGACGAAGAUAGCGACGAUGAUCAGCCUCUUUACAUCGAGCCUUUACAAGCUGUGCAACCCAGUAUCAACCCCCACCUUGGCAGCAUGCCUCCGCAUCUUGAUAGCAGCAGAACUGGCAAAAUGACCGAGCUGUUGCAGGCUUUGCAGGAAAAUGCAAUGAAGAGCGAGAUGCCUGGAGAUCGAUCUUUCAAGAACAAUUGAAAUUGAGCUGACAGGAGACGAGAGACACUUGGUAGUAACCAGUGACUUGUCAAAAUAACAGCUUUAGUAAUCGUGUACUUCUAACUUUCAUUAGGUCUAGAUUUAGGUAUUGAAGCUUUUUAGACUUUAUUCACUUAAUUCUGCAAUAUAUCUUGAAAGCGCUGGUCAAAGAUGUAGAGAAAUCAACCUGGUGAAAAUUGGAGACAGCUUUUUCUAGCACACGACUUUCUUGAGCUCGUAAGUCCUAGUAGAAGCUCUCUCCUUUUGUCUGUUGAGUCUCAGAGUUUUUUUGGUUGGCUGUCCAACUAUCUCAAAGCAAAUUUUUAUGUUCAAUAAUUGUUCUUUUU